GUCCGGUUUCAGCUCCAGCUCCAGCCAACUUUAGGCCCCAAAUUCAUCCAACCACCAUCACCCAUUAACGCAACCAUCUACCCAAUCGUCUUCAUUACCAAUUCCUGAUAGCAACCAACAAGCUUCACAUACCCGUCCGCCAGCCCAAUUAAAACGUCGAAACACGUGGCACCACCAUGGGAUGCAGCCAGAUCUGGACCAGGCACCCGCCGAAUACUCCGGACGUACCUGAUUAUCGACAUGUGGUGCGUGUCAUCUCAAGCUGGGUCAGGUUGGGUCUCAACAGAUUUUCAUACUUUCUUUCAUACGAUCCAACUGCUCCUUACCCUCUCAUGACACUUCAUAACUUGCAUCGCCAAAGGCAUUGAUAUCUCAUUUCGGCAAACUUGCAAGUCUCGGCUCUUUAGAAAGACGAAGAAAACAGGUAGAGGGUGCGAGGGGAAGAAUGGCUUUCACGCUCCAUCCUCACCAACGCGAUGGUCUGAUGCGGUGGGAGCGCGAUGCGCUCAUAUUGCAUUUUGUUUGGAGUUGGCAGUUCAUUGUUUGUUGUUGCAUGGAAGUCAUCAUCAUGGCAGAAAUAAUGGGAUCAACAAUUUCCGCAGAUUACAAGAACAGGGAAAUGAGGUAUCCUUCGCCCUCCCCUUCCUUCACCACCUCAACAUUCCAUGACCACAUCUAUUAACCUCCCUGGCUCUUCAGACUCUGGUACGCCUUCUUCGUUCUCACACUAAUAAUCCUCAUCACGAUCGUUGCCGAGAUCUGCCUCUUCGCCAAUUCACAUCUCGAAGUCAACAAAUGGCUCGGGCUACAGAUCUUCAAAGUCGCUUUCGCGGCUACGGCUUUUGGGAUCUACGUUGGUUGCGCAGGAAGUCCUGGGCCGGGAGACCACAGGGUUUGUAUCCCGCACUUAGGCAGUUGGAGAACCCAGGAGCAGAGGAGAGAGACGAUUGGGGGUUUGGUGGGGUUUUGGACUCCUUGGAUUGCGGGACUUGUCUGUGGGAUAACUGCCAAAUUACAGGAUGGGAGACAAAGGAAGGAAGAUUUUGUGGUGGAAGAAGAGGCUAGGAGACCGCUGCUCCCGCGACGCAUAUCGGCUGGUGAGAGGAGAGCUGUUUAUCGUUGAUUGAGUUGCUGGGUUUUGUACUUCGGAGGAGUAAAAUGGAGAAAAAUAUUGAUUAGAGGCACAUUUUCUGAGACUAAGAAGUUUCAUUCGGAGAAGGAAGACUGAUGUCGACAUUUUGCAUCCUACUUUCAAUACCCUGAAUUAUGGUUGAGAACGACUACCUGGUGGAGAAGACUUCCUCAAUACAGUCUCCAGCUUGUGGCUACAGCUUAGAAAGAGCGGCAUGGAUCUCUGGCUCAAAUUUGAUUAUAGACUGGCUUACGGAAGCUUUUGGACCCAUAUUCCACAGGCUCUUUCAUAGUUGUGACUAUGCUGAAUUUCGAUAGGAAAUCUACUUGCUAUCGUUGCCAAGAAACGAUGGCAGGGUGGCCUGGUCAUGCCCGCACUGGUGGCUUUCUACAAGCCAAUUGAUUCGGCAAGAGCAACGACGCUCAACUGAGGCGUUCGCUAAGUGACAUCUCCAGAUCUGCAGGGGUGCGGACUUUCAGCUGAGGUGAGACUGACAUCUGGAGCUUCCAGCCCUACUAGUUUAACCAGAUUUCCAACCUUAAAAGAAUGCCAUCCCCGCUUUCAACUUUCGAUUACAUGCAGGAGAUUUGUAUUGAAAAAGUAUCAAGAUGGCGACGAAAGAUCUAAUUGUUGUGGGAGCUGGUCCGUUCGGUCUCAUUGCUGCUUAUACUUGGCUUGAACUUAAUCCUGAUGAUGUUGUUACGGUUCUUGAAGCUGGCCCUGAUCUCGGGGGAGUGUGGUCCAAAUCUCGCACCUAUCCAACGAUGAUGACCCAGACACCGGCAGACAUGCUUGGAUAUUCCUGCUAUCCUAUGCCAUCACCACCGAAAGAAGAGUCAUUUUAUGACUUGUUUCCUGGCCAUCACGUCACUUUGUAUCUUGAAGCGUUUUCGAUGCACAAAGCAUUUGCUGGAAAGACGAUCAAGGAUCGGAUCAUCUUCGAUUCGCCAGUUUCGAACAUCACGAAAAUGAACAAGUCAUGGAAUGUGGAAACAUCCACUGGGAAGACGUUUAAUUGCAAGAAACUCAUAAUUGCAGCGGGUCUUACCUCAACACCCAACAUCCCAUCUUUCCCAAUCAAAGAUUUCAAACCGCCCAUAAUCCACACCCGUGAUCUAGCAGCAAACACACCUCUCCUCUCCUCACCUGAAAUCAAAUCUGUUCUUGUCAUCGGUGGUUCCAAAUCCGCAUUCGAUACAGUUGUCCUCCUCUCCUCGCUCAAAAAGUCCAUAACAUGGGCCAUCCGCACGACAGGCCAGGGUCCAGCUCUCCCUGCGAACCCGGAUGCACCAUGGCCGCUUUCUAACAGCCAUGAGAUAAUAUCCACGAGACUGGUGUCUAAGAUGAGUCCUUGUAUCUUCGAACCACUGGAUGGCCUCACACGGUUCUUCCAUUGCAACUCGAUUGGUAUCAAAUUAGUUGACAUGAUAUGGAGUGCCAUCGAUGGGAUGUGGAGGAAGACUGCCGGGUAUGGAAGGAGUGACAGUAUGCGAAAUCUGACCCCUGACCGUCCGGUGUUCUACUUCAGUGAUGGUGCAGCGGUGUAUAACAAAGAAGGACUGUGGGAUAUUGUUGCGACAGCUAAUGCAUUGCGAGACGACGUGGUGAGUAUGGAGGGCAAGGAAGUACUGCUGAAAAGUGGCAAGCGAGUCGAGUGCGAUGCUGUGGUCACUGCAACUGGCUGGUCGAAUAUUUAUCCUUUCUUCAAGGAUGAUCUGGCAAAGAAGUUGGGAUUACCUGUCCUGCCCGACACUGUUGAGGCAAAAGAUGUCGAGGUUUGGGAAGCUCGCAUUUCUGAAGCACAUAAGAUUGUCACGGAUGCGUUCCCCCGAUUGACAGUCCAGCCUAAUUUCCCACAUCAUACACCAAAGGCUACACCAGGUAGACUUUAUCGACAUAUUGCACCAAUUUCAGAUCAGGAGGAUCGCUCCAUUGUCUUUCUGGGAACUAUUGGUACGACGCAAAGUUUCCUUGUGGCAGAAGUACAGGCAUUAUGGGCUACUGCGUAUCUGAGUGGGAGCUUGUCUCUUCCUGGUGACGAGAAAAUGAGAGAUGAGGUUGCUCUUGCAACAGCUUGGCGACGAAGGAGAUAUGUGGGCGACGGAUAUACUUUCAUCUAUGAACAGCUUCCUUACAUGUCGAUGUUAAUCCGAGAUCUUGGGUUGAACGACCUCCGCAAAGGAGGUGGAUGGAGAGAAAUCCUGUCGCCUUAUAAAUCAGCUGAUUUCAGAGGUUUGCUGGACGAGUGGAGGAUUAAGAAUGAAGCCGUUGAUGGUGAUGAUCGAGCGCAAUGAGAUUGCCUUCGAGUGAUUGUCAAGAGCACAGCUGUCUUCGCAGUUGGUGGGGAUUUCAGCAAACGGCCCAGAGCAGGUGGAGACUACUGGUUGAGAAGUCUGGAAAUGAUAGAUUCCAGCGCGCCAAUCAAAGGCAAUAUUAAUCUCUUAUUGCGAUACUUUGUCGAGUAAUAAUGUUGAAGGGUAGGGUAUUGCGGGUUGAUCACAUUUGCACAUAUUUACCCCGUAGUCGAUUGACCCCGCACCGCCAAGCUUCUCCCGAUCAAGCGAGAGUGGAGAAAAACAAUCACCACAUUGCCCCCUUUUCGACCUCAUGUAGGCCCCACGGUGGUGAUGUUCUUUCAGAAUGAGCACAAUUUUUGAAGUGGAGUACUGAAACAUCAUCUGGUGGCUGAGGUGGCGGGGAUGUUUUAAAUUUAGCAUAUGCGAAAGUCAAGUCAUGCAAUCUGUGGUUUCUCUAUAGUUCAGAGGCAAGCACUUUUAUCCCAUCUAGCGUAUGUUCUGAUUAACUUCUCUUUAUUAGUCGGUGGUAACGGCCGGCCAUUUUGAACUUGAUAAAAAUGACAAUAUCAUGUACAUUGAACUUGAUUCGCC